AUGUACGUCAGUGCCAGAAAAUUUCGAUCCGGCAAUUUUAAUGUCGAAGAUGCACUACAUUCUGGAAGGCCGGUUGAAGCUGAUAAAGACACGGUAAAGGCACUAGUUGAUGCAAAUCGGCGAAUAACAACACGUAAGAUCGGUGAGAGAUUAAAUUUAUCAAAUUCAACUGUUUAUGACCACUUGAAAGGCCUGGGUUUAACCCCGAAGUUCGAUAUAUGGGUUCCCCAUAUUCUCACGAAGAAAAAUUUGUGUCGACGCGUUGACGUCUGUGAUUUGCUUCUCAAACGUCACGAAAAUGAUCCAUUUUUGAAGCGCAUCAUUAAUGGGGACGAAAAAUGGGAGUUGAAUCGUUUUUUUGAGAUUUUACCGGAUAACACAACAAUUAAUUCGGAAGUCUACUGUCAUCAACUGGACAAACUGAAUGAUGCACUUCAACAGAAAAGGUCAGAAUUAAUCAACAGAAAACGUGUAAUGUUCCUCGAAGAUAAUGCGAGACCUCAUACAAGUUUGGUCUCUCGCCAAAAGCUUUCACAGCUUGAAUGGGAUACAAUGUCACACCCACCAUAUUCUCCAUCUGGCACCUUCGGAUUAUUAUUUGUUCCGGUCACUGCAAAAUUUUUUAGACGUUUUUUAAAUCUACACCUCUACACCCAUCACCAUAAGAGCAUUUUGAGUAACAACAUGCCUAAUAGUUGUCCUCUUAAGCCACAUGUUGUGAGAGCCUCUUCGCAAAGACAUCCUGAGAGGCUUUUGAUAUUUACUUGUCAAAGGAUAAAGGAGAACUAUCGUCCAAGUCAAUAA